ACAAAACGCUUGAGGACAACAGAUAUCCGUUUUAGCGGCAAAACACGUAAUAGAAAUUGAAAUAUCCAAAAACUGAAUAUGAAAUACUUGUCACUCGAUCCAUACACUUAACGCCAAACUUGAGUAAUUAUUAUCAAAAGUGCUGCUGUUAUCCAUGCAAUUAUCACUUCCGAUUUAUGACAACUAACAGUUAAAGAUGAAUAUUUGGGGACAUGUUUCAGUUUGUCACUGAUAUUUGAAAGCUUCAUUCCCAUCGCAGUUUGCAGUUCUGCAUGUCUUUAAUUAAUGUUUACAGCCAUCUGGACUACGUUAGAACUACAGGUGACCGAUUCUUAAGUAAUUUACGUCAUUUAUUUAUUGGUUAUAAUCAAAUAUAAACUCGUGUUURGAAUACAUCAAACAGGAACUUACUUCUAACACGAAAUGACAACCUGUCAUCUCGUUGUCAUGGAGAUCAACAGGGGCUUCUUUAUCUUGGUUGUGUUCAUUUCUUCGUUUAUUUUUUAUUCCCAACAAUGUUACGACAUGAAGAACCUAAACAGAGAUCCAACGUCACCUAUAGCAGAAUUGAGCUUCAUUCCAGAAGAAAACAUUUUUUCUACUGAUGAAGUGUUCAACAUCAUUUGUAUCGCCAAGAAAAGCAAGGAAGGUGAUGAUGAGUAUUCGUACCCGACCUCGAUUCUGAUCUACAUGAAUGAGACAGUCGAUNAAGAUCUCUGUCCUAUUGCCGAUAAAGAUACCAGACCUGUUAAGACAUGCACUAUGAAGUUCAAUACGACUAAACCUGAUACUCUGAGUGUCUCUUGUUUAGUGGAAAAUAUGUAUGAUUGCUCUUAUUACAAAGAGACCAUUUACAUUAAAGAAAAAGAAAAACCCUAUCUAACACAACAGCCACCUCGCCAUAUCAAUGCGACUGAAGGACAAGACAUAAAUAUCACGUGCACAUCACGUGUCAUUCCUCGUCCCUUAAUCACGUGGUACAAAAAUAACGUCAUUAUCUCGAAGCAGAAGACCACGUUUUACAAAGGAACCUCAAUGUUGAUUCUGAAAACGAUAGAUUCCACUUCACAGGGAAUGUACAUCUGCAAAGCAACUAAUCCCCUGGGUGAAGUUUCUUCCAAUGGAAGCCUUCUCACUGUGUUUUCUCGUCCAAGAAUAAGCCUGGGUCCUGUCAAUCAGACUGUUGCUAUGGGAAACAGAGUGUCCAUGGUGUGUAAUGUCACAGGUCUUCCUAUUCCUGUGAUUGGCUGGCUAAAAGAUGGAAUAGUCCUUGGAAGCGGAAACGGAAGCGACGACAAAAAUUUAACCGGAAGUAGAAUGUCAGUGGCAAACGUUGUUAGUAAACCCGAUAUUAUGACUUCCGGUGCAUUAAGCAUCACACCUCGUGCUGAUUAUACAAGAAAUAGUACAGAUAAUGACGUAACAAGGAAUACCAGUCCCAGUCUCUCGCCGACUACUAUCUUUUCUAGACCCAUUCCACCACUGACAAGUACUUUUACUGGAACCACUCCCCAACUGACAAACGCUAUCACUCAAACAAUGCAUCCAUCUACUAGCACUUUCACUAGAUCCAUUCCUCCAUCUACAAGCAGUUUCACUAGAUCCAUUCCUCUAUCCACAAGCGCCACUAGACCUAUUCCCUCCAAUCAGCGUCCAUUUCCCGGCAAGAUGACUCAAAUAGGACGACAAUCAGCAUUGGUUAUUGAAUCAGUAACGAAAGAUGAUGAAGGCAAAUACAAGUGUUAUGCCAAGAAUGCUAUUGGUAACGCCACGUCACGUCACGCAACGUUACUUGUUUACAUUCCUGAAAAGCCAAGGUUUUUAGUGAGUCCAAGUAACGUUUCCGUGCUUGCUGGGUUGAACUCAACGAUGACAUGCGCAGCGGUAGGAAAUCCACGCCCGAACAUCACGUGGUAUAAGAACAAGCUCCCUAUCACCGUUGGAAGAAGAGUGUCUGUGGUGACCAAUGGUAAUAUAUCGGUUCUCAUGGUAACGUACGCAAGACAAGAAGAUAAAGGUGAAUACACGUGCAAGGCAGAAAAUUCUUUUGGUACAAAAUACUCUGAGCAGGCCUUCCUUGAUGUUACAGUCUUCCAGCCCAAUGUAUUCAGCAGUACCAGUGGCAUUAGCCCUCUAAUACCAGCACUAGGGAUUUUACUGCCUAUCCUACUGGUCAUCAUGGUCAUCUUGCUCAUCCUCAUCACAAAGAAAAGGAGAAAACUCCAUCAAUCACAAAAUACAACCCUUUCUCUGUCCACUUCAACUUCAUCGCUGGCUCAGAAGAAUAUUAAAAAUGUUGGAAUCAGGAAUGAGGCAAUGAACGUGGAAGAGUUCCAGGAUGAAGCCAUGUAUCUACUCCUAAUGGGCAUUAACAGAGACUGGGAGAUACCACGUGAUCGACUAAGAAUAACCAAUCAGAGACUAGGAGAUGGUUGCUUUGGCCUGGUUGACAAGGGAAUUUACACCAGGAAAGAUAACAAGGAAAUGUUUGUCGCUGUUAAAACACUGAAAAACCCAUGUACCCAUACACACCGAGAUGAUAUUCUUGCUGAGCUUGACAUGCUCAAACGAGUCGGCAGACAUCCUAACAUUGUAUCCUUGGUUGGUGCAUGCACGCUAGAUGAUCCUAUUUGCAUCAUUAGUGAGCUGGUAGAGGGGGGUAGUCUGAAUGACCUGCUGAUCGAAGCUCGUCUACCAGCAAUCAAAGAAAAAUCUUACGAAAACAUCAGAUCGAGGYUAACCGAGAGGGACCUGGUAAAGAUGGCCGCUGACAUCACAAGAGGAAUGAAACACCUCCACGAUAGAAACUGCAUUCACCGAGAUCUUGCAGCGAGAAAUAUUCUCAUUGGGCCAAGCUUGGUGGCUAAGAUAGCUGAUUUUGGUCUUGCUCGUCACGUGAUUGACGGAUUUUACGUCAAACAAUCACCGGGAAAAGUUCCUUGGAAGUGGAUGGCACCGGAGGCCUUGCAAGGACUAUUUACAACAAAGACCGACGUAUGGUCAUUUGGUAUCUUGUUGUGGGAGAUUGCAACGCUUGGUGAUUCGCCGUACCCAGAUAUUACUCAGCUUGUCGUACUAUACAACCUGUUGUCCAAUGGAUACAGGAUGCCAAAACCACAUCACUGCCACGAGAUGUUGUAUUCUGUCAUGAUGGAAUGCUGGUCAGCGGAUAGCAACAAAAGACCAGCAUUUGGAGACAUUUAUCAAAUCUUACAGAAAAUGCUAAAUGAGAAAGAGAGAAUCUAUAUCAACCUCGAAGAGAUGGACCAAGAAGAACUUGAACACCAGUUGUAACAUUUCUACAGUACGACCUUUCAUUAYUGCUGGUUUGCAAUUGUUCCCAAGGAGUGAGAAUGUACUAAAGACAAGGCGGCCAUGUUGGAUGAUAUAAGAAGAUGGCAGCUAUGACGUCAUGCGUAAACUAAUAAUAUAUAUAUCAACGCAUAUAUCAAGGCUUCAUUAUUACUUUGUAUUACGAACUAUUUAUACUUAUUGUAAUAAUAUCAGAUGAGGUAAUAUCAGCAUUAUUGGUAAUGAAAUAAUAAUGAUACAAUCAAUACUCGGGCUAAUAUUUUUACUAUACAUUUUGUAUACUGGAAAAAAAACGACAUAAACAUUAAAUUGUAGAGACAAGAACUAUGAACGCCAUGAUGUUGCGUGAAAAACGCAAAAUUUUUAAUUCAGAAUUGAAAUAUUUCAAGAAUUAUUCAUAAAAUAUAUGAAAAUAAGUUAAGGAUUCCUUAAAUAAUUGUUUUUGUACAUAAUUCUGGAAAUAA